UUAUACGGACAGAGGUUGUGGCAGAAAAAAACGCGCUGUGGGACAGAAGUAAACAUGGAGCUGUCUGCGGUCGGGGAGCGGGUCUUUGCGGCCGAAUCCAUCAUCAAGCGACGCAUAAGAAGAGGUCGAAUGGAGUAUCUGGUGAAGUGGAAAGGCUGGUCUCAAAAAUACAGCACCUGGGAACCGGAGGAAAAUAUUCUCGACGAGCGUCUCUUCGCUGCUUUUGAGGAGAGAGAGCGCGAGAGGGAACUGUACGGGCCGAAAAAGAGGGGGCCGAAACCGGAGACUUUCUUGUUAAAGGCAAAAGCUAAAGCCAGUGCCAAAAAUUACGAAUUUAGAAGAGAGAUGUCCAGAGAGAUCCGAGUGUCCUUCCCCGUGGCGGAGCCCGUGGUCACUCCCCGUGCGCGUGAAGGUCUUCGGACGGUCGUGCCCACCAUCUUUCCCCCCAGCACCGUGAACAGGGGCGAAAGCGUUCGAGUUCGCCCCCCGGAGCCGGAGAGGAAAGCUCGGCCUGUUCAGGGCCCCGUGGACUUCUUUAACGUGCCCAAAAAGAGAGGACCGAAACCAAAGCUGCGUUUCCCUGUCAGCGCUGGCGGUUGUGCAUCCCAUGAGUCCUUUCACAGGAGAGCAGAUGAGCGCUUUUCUCUGAGCCACGCUAAAAUGGGGGAGACCUCUGCCUACGGCCUUAUGCAGCUAACGCAGCAGUUUCGCAGCGGGGACGUUCACAGGCACCUUUCCAGAAACAGCCUGUAUAGAUCCAGUGAUCCGGCCGACGACGAUGACGCGCUGUCUCCGGAGCCGCUGGACGUGGAGGAGGAAGCAGGAGAGUCGUGGAGCCCAUGUCUGAGGAACAUGGAGAAGGUGAUCGUGACGGACAUCACCAGUAACUCUCUGACUGUAACCAUCAAAGAGAGCUCCACAGACAAAGGCUUCUUCAGGGAAAAGAGAUGAUGAGAUGAUGGCCUGAUGUAGAUUAGCUCUGAAACGGUAUUAUCUAACCAACAAUCUCGUUUCUAUCCUUUCUUAGUCUGUAACUGUACAGUGUGUCUCGCAAUCGUGUAUAUAUGUAACAAAAAGAAUAGUCUGCAUAUACAUUUCCCUUCGUAUUUUCUAUGAAAAUGAAAUUUAUUUUUGUACUUUCCGAGGUUUUGUGUAAUGUGCAGCAGCAAUUAAUUGUGUAAUUGUUUUUUUUUUUCCUAAACGCCGUGGUCAGCUGUAAUGACUGUAGGCCCAGAUCGCUGAUAACACUCUUUCAGCUUCCAGCACCUUUUAUUCAGAGGACCCGGACGGUUCCUCUAUUAUUAUCUGCUAUUGUUCUUUAUUGUACUGUUGUGUAUAUUUGAAGGUCUAACAUUGUCUGUAUUAAAGCACAGAGUAAAAAUACGAAUAUAAAUACAAA